UCCCCCAACCUCUCCUCACCCAUAAACAAAUGCAAGACUGACUCCCAUCUAAAUUCUCUCUCUCUCUCUCUCUCUCUCUCUCUCUCUCUCAUUGUCUAGCUGUUCUUGGAUCCGGAGAAUCUGGGUCUUGAAGCCACAGCUCUAAAAAAUAAGGAAAAUACAUGGGCUUCUCUCCUUUCUUCUCCUUCUCCAUUCCUUAUCCCAAAUCCUCUGUUUCCACAUUGGAGUAGGAAACCAUAGUACUAAUGUCCAUGUAUCCAUGGAGCUUCUUGUGUCUCUUCCACUUCUCUUUCUUCUCCAUUUUCACACCUUUCACAGCUCAUGCCAUCAACGUCCAAGGCCAGGCUCUCCUUUCCUGGAAGCAGACUCUCAACGGGUCGGUCGAGUCCUUGAGCAGCUGGAACCCGGCGGAUGAGACACCAUGCAAUUGGUUCGGCGUCUCAUGCAAUUCAAACAAGCAGGUUGUGGAAAUCACAUUGAGGUAUGUGAAUUUGCUAGGCCAUGUCCCAACUAAUCUAUCUGCAUUGAGGUCCUUGAACAAACUAGUCCUAUCAGGAACAAACCUCACCGGCCCGAUUCCUGCUGAAUUGGGGAGCUUGCGUGAAUUGGGUCACUUGGAUUUGAGUGAUAAUGGCCUCUCGGGCGAGAUCCCAGCUGAGAUUUGCAAUUUGAGCAAGCUGGGGACGUUGCGUCUUAAUUCAAAUCGGCUGGAGGGGGCCAUCCCGACUGCGAUUGGAAACCUAUCCAGUCUUCAAUUGCUGAUUCUGUAUGAUAAUCAGCUCAGUGGAGAAAUCCCAUCUACAAUAGGAAGCUUGAAGAGUCUAGCUGUUUUAAGAGCUGGUGGUAAUAAGAAUUUGGAAGGUCCACUUCCAAUGGAGAUUGGGAAUUGCAGCAAUUUAGUUAUGUUGGGACUUGCAGAAACAAGCAUUUCAGGAUCUCUCCCACCCAGCUUCGGAUUCUUAAAGAAGCUGGAGACGCUAGCGAUCUACACCGCCCUCCUUUCCGGCCCACUUCCGCCUGAAUUGGGUGAGUGCAGCGAGCUACAGAGCAUCUACCUCUAUGAGAAUUCACUGUCCGGAUCAGUCCCGGCCCGCCUGGGGAACCUCCGCAAGCUUCGAAACUUACUGCUGUGGGAGAACAAUCUGGUCGGCGUGAUCCCCCCGGAGCUGGGGAUGUGCAGUGAAUUGGUGGUGAUCGAUCUGUCGAUGAAUUCUAUCACAGGCGGCGUCCCGCGAGAGCUAGGGGAUCUGAGCUUCCUUCAGGAGCUCCAGCUGAGUGUCAAUCAGAUAUCUGGCCGGAUACCCAUCGAGCUCGCGAAUUGCCGGAGCUUGACGCAUCUGGAGCUCGACAACAACCAGAUAUCGGGCUCAAUCCCAUCCGAGCUGGGGCAGCUGAGGAAUCUCACAUUGCUCUAUCUGUGGCAAAACAAGCUGGAGGGGAGCAUCCCGCCAUCGAUCGCUCAGUGUGGGGGCCUUGAGGCGAUUGAUCUGUCACAGAACGGUCUGAUUGGGCCGAUCCCGAAGGGAAUUUUCGAGCUGCAGAAUCUCAAUAAGCUCCUUCUGCUGUCCAACAACCUGUCGGGGGAGAUCCCGCCGGAGAUCGGGAACUGCACUUCGCUCGUCAGAUUCCGGGCUAAUGGAAACAAGAUCACGGGGAAGAUACCGCCGCAGAUUGGGCGGCUGCAGAACCUGGACUUCUUGGAUCUCGGGUCUAACCGGCUGAUCGGGCCCAUCCCGCGCGAGAUCGCGGCCUGCCGGAACUUGACGUUCCUCGACCUGCAUUCCAAUGCGAUCUCCGGAGCCCUGCCGGAGAAUCUUGGGCAGCUCGCCACGCUGCAGUUCGUGGACGUCUCCGAUAACGCGAUCGCCGGCGGGCUGACCUCUGACCUCGGGGCGUUGACCUCGUUGACCAAGCUCGUCCUGAGUCAAAACCGUUUCUCCGGUCAAAUCCCCCCGCGUAUCGGGUCGUGCGUGAAGUUGCAGCUGCUGGAUCUGAGCCGGAACGGGUUCUCCGGCGAGAUCCCGGCCAGCCUGGGUCAGAUCCCGGCGCUCGAUAUCGCUCUGAACCUGAGCUGGAACAAUCUCUCCGGCCAGAUCCCGGCGGGUUUUACGGGCCUGGGAAAGCUCGCCGUCCUCGACCUCUCCCACAACCACCUCUCCGGCGGCCUCCAAUUUCUCGCCGGCCUCCAAAAUCUCGUCUCGCUCAAUAUCUCGUCCAACGAUUUCUCGGGCCGGCUCCCGCCCACCCCGUUCUUCUCGAAGCUCCCCCCAGCCGACGUCGCCGGCAACCCCUCCCUCUGCGUCGCCAGCGCGGUCUGCACCGCCGACCGCGCCGGGGGUUCUGCUGCGGCGCGGCGCGCCACGCGGUCCGCGAGGAUCGUGAUGGUGGUGCUACUGUGCGCCGCGUGCGCGCUUCUCGCGGCUGCGCUGCUCAUUUUCCUGCGCGGGAGGAGGGCAGACGGUGGGGCCCACGGAGGACGGGAGAAGGACGGAGAAGAUGACGUGGAGCUGGGCCCACCGUGGGAGGUGACGCUUUACCAGAAGCUCGAACUGCCCAUCGCUGACGUGGCGAGGUGCCUGACAGCUGGCAACGUGAUCGGGAAGGGGUGGUCGGGGGUCGUCUACAGGGCGAACAUUCCAUCAGGGCUGACGGUGGCCGUCAAGAGGUUCAGGUCGUCGGAGAUGCUCUCGGCGGCGGCAUUCACGUCGGAGAUUUCCACGCUGGCGAGGAUACGGCACAGGAAUAUCGUGCGCCUGCUGGGGUGGGGUGCGAACCGUAAGACGAGGCUCCUUUUCUACGACUACAUGCCGAACGGUAGCCUCGGGGCGCUGCUGCACGAGGGGGGGAACGCAGGGGUGCUGGAAUGGGAGACGCGGUUCAAGAUAGCGCUGGGCGUUGCCGAGGGGCUGGCCUACCUACACCACGACUGCGUGCCGGCUAUCCUGCACCGGGAUGUGAAGGCUAACAACAUCCUGCUGGGGGAGCGGUACGAGGCUUGCCUGGCGGACUUUGGUCUCGCCAGGCUUCUGGAUAACGAAGAUGGGUCGAGGGAUGAUGGCUCGCUUUCGAACAACCCCAGGUUCGCUGGGUCAUAUGGCUACAUGGCGCCGGAGUACGCAUGUAUGAUGCGGAUCACCGAGAAGAGCGACGUCUACAGUUACGGCGUUGUCCUUCUAGAGAUCAUCACUGGUAAAAAACCAGUAGACCCAUCAUUCCCAGAAGGUCAGCACAUUGUCCAGUGGGUCCGCAAUCAUCUACGCAGUAAACAUGAUCCGGUCGAGAUCAUCGACCCCAAGCUCCAAGGCAGGCCCGACCCCCAAAUCCAAGAAAUGCUCCAGGCGCUCGGGAUUGCCCUGCUCUGCGCAAGCAAUCGUGCCGAUGAUCGCCCCACAAUGAAGGACGUGGCUGCAUUGCUGAGGGAGAUCCGACACGACCCGCCUGUCGGGGGCGAUGCUCACAAGCUGGCUGCUGAUUCCUGGAAGCAGCCCGACGCACCGUCCUACUCAUCGACAGCGGCCCACCUGCUCAAUCAAGGGUCCUCACAUUGUUCACUGGCCUACUCUUCUUCAUCUGCCAGUUCAUGCCAUGGAAUGAAUUUGUGUUGAAAAAACAAAA